CGGGACCGCCGGGUCUCCGAACGUUUCCUCUGGGACAGGACUAGCUUUUUGUGCCCUUAAAAAUGGGACUUCUUUUCCAGAACCUUCCCGUCAGCUGCUGAAUAUGUAAAGUCCCGCCUGCCUGAGGUCCUGAAACAGCAUCUUCAGGACUACGAAAAGGACAAAGAGAACAGCGUGCUCUCCUAUCAGGCCAUCUUGGAGCAGCAGAUCCUGUCCAUCGACCGAGAGAUGCUGGAAAAACUGACCGUCUCCUACGAUGAAGCAGGAACCACGUGUUUGAUCGCGCUCUUGUCAGACAAGGACCUCACCGUGGCCAACGUCGGUGACUCGAGGGGCGUCCUCUGUGACAAGGAUGGCAACGCCAUUCCCCUGUCUCAUGAUCACAAGCCUUAUCAGCUGAAGGAGAGGAAGAGGAUUAAGAGAGCUGGUGGCUUCAUCAGCUUCAACGGCUCCUGGAGGGUCCAGGGCAUCCUGGCCAUGUCCCGGUCCCUGGGGGACUACCCGCUGAAGAACCUCAACGUGGUCAUCCCGGACCCGGACAUCCUGACCUUCGACCUGGACAAGCUGCAGCCCGAGUUCAUGAUCUUGGCUUCGGAUGGCCUGUGGGACGCCUUCAGCAACGAGGAGGCCGUGCGCUUCAUCAAGGAGCGCUUGGACGAGCCCCACUUCGGGGCAAAGAGCAUCGUCUUGCAGUCCUUCUACAGGGGCUGCCCCGACAACAUCACCGUCAUGGUGGUCAAGUUCAGGAACAGCAGCAAAACGGAGGAGCAGUGAGGGGCGGCCGGGCCGGACCGAAGGGCUCCCGGCCCGCGGCUGGACUUGGACGUGGUAGAGAAGUAGCGAAACUCCUGAAGCUGGGCCGGAAGACCCAGGACAGCCCCCUCCCAAGGGCGCGUAAGCCAGGCUGGAGCGCCCGGGGCUGGCCCCGCGUCUUCCCGCCUCCCUCCCAGCCUCCCUGCGCCGGGUUUCUAAGGUGUAUCUAUAAGCUUCCCCCGUUCCUCCGGAGAGGGGCCGCACAGGCCGCCUGUGCGGCCCGCUCUCCACUUUAAGGUUUAUUUUUCAUCCCCUUUAAAUGUCUAAAGGCUGUUGCCUCCCUAGGCCUGCUUUGGGGCCGCUGCACGGCGGGCGGGAAAGCCCACGAGGGAGCGUUCCAAGGGCUGGACGCGGCCAGGGGCUUGGGGAGAGAGCUGAGCCUUGGGAAGUGACCGAGGCCCGGGAGCCCGGGCCAUCACCUGCCUUUGCCUGCUUGCCGGGGACUGCAGGGAAGGGAAGGAGCCCUGGGGGGGCUCGGGCUGGGCAGGGGGAGCUCACCGCGGCCGGAGCAGCCUCUGACGCCUAGGCCCCUUCGGGAAGCCCCGUCCCCCCGCCGGAGUCCAGCCUCCCCCAGCGGCCCCGUGGGCGCGUUGCCUUAGUUCCCCUUGGCCAGAGUGUCCUGGGGAGCCGGGCCCGGCGCUGGAUGCCCGGGGUCCUGCCCGGCAGAGAAGGAGGGGCCUCUGCAGAAGCCGCCACUUGCCGGGGCCUCGGGCCGGCGGGAUGCCCAGCGCCAACGGCUCCUAAGAGAUGGACUCUUUUUUUUAAUCUUAGUGGCUUUGGGGGGCCCGAGGGGAAACGUAGCCAAAAGUGAGUGAGUGCCCCUUCCCCCUCCUCCUCUGCCCCCUGGAUCACGCGGAAUGACCGGCCGGCUCCCAGUGGUCACUUCCCUGAGUGAGGCCUGCAGUGGCCUGGACAUCUGUCCUCCGCUGUGGCCGCCCCUUCCUGCCCGGGCUGUGGGAGCGGCUGGGGAGCGGCCAGGCCCCUGCCUGAGCCAGCGGGCGCAGAGAGCAGGCCGGCCUGUCCUUCCCUAGGGCCUCCCGGGGCCUCCCGGCCAGCUUGCCUCCGCCGCUCCCCAGGUACUUGGAUCCGCGUGCCCGCAGCUCUCUGUCGCCCAGCCCCGAGGCCUUGCUCCUCUGGAGGGGGCUCAGGCUCCUUCCUGCUCCGUUAGGCCCGUUGCCCCCUGAGUUUCAGUGGCGAUGACAGAGGGCUGUUUGCACAGCUCCCAGAGAGACCCGGGACGCUGGCGAGAAUGACAGCUUCCGGAGGGGUCCCCCAGAGGCAAAUGUAGACUUGGUCAGAAGGCUGGAGGUCAGGCCUUGUCUCAGAGAAGGAAGCGGAGGCAGCAGCUUGGAGUUGGGGCAGGAUUUGAACCUUGGGUCUUUGUCCCCAGGUGCACCGGGCAGGUUCCCCCUUUCUGGAGCUCUUGUCCGCAGCGAGCUCCCCAGGAUGCUGGGAGGGAGGGAGGAAGGGCCCUGAGCAGAAGAGGAAGUCUGACAGGAUGCUGAAGGAAGAGAGGCUGGGACCGGCAGAGAGGAAGGGAGAGUGGGGGGCUCUGGUGGACCCCUUCCGCUGCUCCCCCAGAAAGUAACCUGGGCUCCCAUGUGUGUGACUGCUGUGGGGGGGCAUGACCAAGGCCCUUGGGCUCCUGGCAGCAACCCCAUUGCCAAAGCAUUUGCCAUCGGAUGGGAGAGUGAGAAGUCCUCGAGCUUUUCUAGAGCUGGGCCACUGUCUGUGGUCCCCAUUGUGCCAAAUUCAGGUGUGGUUUCCAGUCUGUCCCAGGGGGCUGAGACUGGAGCCCAGGUGAGGAAUCAUGCCAAGCGCUGCCUUCCUGCCGCAUCCCGGGGACAGAGGCUCCAAAGAGGGGCUUUGGGUGCUGGUCUUGUGCCCGCCUGCCUGUCAGAGGGAGAGCUCUCUGACUGAGGCCCUUUGGUGUGACUGCCUGGGAUCCCGGACCAAAGCUGCAUGCGUCCUUUGAGGCUGCUGCUCCCUCUUACUGUUAGGGUGACUGAGGCUGGGGUGGGGCAUGCGGGGCCACUCAGCUGUAAGUUUCAGAGUCUCCAGGCCUCGUAGCCCCAGCCUCUCCAGCAGACAGUCCGCAGUGGCGGGAGCUGGCACGGACGGGACCCAGAGGCACGCUUUGUGCGCUGCGAGGGCCCGUCACCCGGAACCUCUCUAGAACCCUUUCUCUUAGGUACGGCUCCAGCCCAUUCUACCUAGACCUUGUUUAAUGCCCUGGGAGUGUAAGUGGCAGCAGUCUGGUGUGUGUGCACCUCCCUACACUCAGCCCCAGAAGGACCCACAUAGGGACCCCCAUUACUCCCCUUGAGUACGUAGAGAUAGGGCAGACCAUUCUGGGGUUCUUGCCAUAAAUGAAAGACACCCACAAAUAAUGUCGGUUUUUUCUUUGCCUCCCCCGGUAUUUGUGCAAAGGGGAAAUAGUCCCUCCCGUAGCUGGAGAACUUAGUAGAACUUGAUCAUGUAGAGAACAAAACAAGGUCAUCCAUAAAGCAGGAUAGAUCCAGAGCCCAAAGAGAUCUUGCUGUUCCCCUGGUCCACUCCCCUCAGGUCCAGACACCGAUGCUGAGUGAUGAUGGAACCUUCUGGUGCAGGGGGGACAACAAAGCAGGGCCUGCCCUCAGGAAGCUGACAGGAGAAACAGGAUAAAUACAGCGACGACAAGCGUGGCUUGGGUUCGGGCCCAGGCCGUCGGUCCAGCCUCUCACCACUCUGCCUUCUUGGCUGACAUGCACAGGAAAGCCUUCCCUUCCUUGUCCUGUUACAUGUCGGUAUGUAUGUGUAACAUGGAACUACACACGCUCAUACACGUACAUAUGUGUGACACACAUUUUUAAAGCAGUUUUUUUCUAGGGCUUCCCAGCGCCCCUAGAAUCAUGCUAGGGGAGCAGCGUUGUAUGGAGAGAAUAGAACAGCUCUUGUUUUAUUCCAAGAUAGGACCGCAAAGUGCCCAUCAGCAUGCCAAGGAAAUAGUGAACUUUAGAGGGUAUAGGAUAAAAGAUAGGCUCAACCUGUUCUGUGUUUUGGUCAUCUGGAGAAAUUUAGGGACCCUUCCUCAGCAUCAUGUUUUUACACACUUUAUAUAAAAUACAUGGGAUUACUAAGGAAAUGAGUGAUAAAUAGCUAACAAAAUAAUUUGCUUUUUAGCAAAAGCACUCUCUUCCUAUGUGGAUUUGCUGUUUUACGAUGGCAUUUUUUUUCCUGACUCAUCCAAGAAAAGGAAGCUCUAAAUUUGCCUGUUUAGUUAUUGAGUAUCCUUUAUGAAGCUGAUCUCCAUGUUGGGUAGUUACCACUUACAUAAAUAUAGGAUGUAACAUCAUCCUUAAUCCUUGAAAGGAUUUGGAUGGUUUCUAGACCACAUGCUUGGUUUUUUGGUCUGUCUCAGCUCAGAGCUAUGAUUUCGCCAGUUUAAGGAACUCCCGCCACCACUGUACAGCAGCACUUUCCGUUAUUUAUGGGCUUCGAGUCGCGUAGAGUGUUGAGAAGUUGGAAGACUUGCUCAGCAGGACAGAGCCGGUUUGUAUCAGAGAUAGGACUUUGAACUUGAUCCCUGCCAAAUAUCUACUUUAGGAAGUUGCCGCCUUAAAAUCAAAACAAAUAAAACCAUGGAAUAACAGUAACAUUUUCCCCAAUCCUGGAAAGGCUAUGUCUUUUCCAGAGAAAUUGCAAGGUUUUUAGUGUUAUUGGUGGUGCUUUUAGCAAGCUCUCGUAUCCAUCGGUUACCUGAGUCGAUUUCCAGAGCUCUCCAUUGUAUGGUGAUGGCUUUGGAUCUGAUCCAUUCUGGGAAUCCUUCCCUUGAUUAGCCAGGUAUCCAUGAAUAAUUGGAAGUAAGUGAAAUGGGGAAAUCCUGGAACUGUGUAUUUAAAUGGAACGUGCCUAUUUCUGAAGAUGUAAGAUUUUAUUAUAGGUUCGCAUCUCUAUAGAUAGUCAAUCCUCAUCCCCCUACCUCCCCACACUCUAACAGCUCCCCAUAUGUUCAGCAAGGAAGGCAUCCUCUGUACCGUCGGCUUUCUAAAUCCAAGUCAGGCACUGAAAGGAGAAUGUGGAUCUGUCUCUUCCUACUUGACCUUAAGGGACUUCGUGACUUCAUGACUUUUUUAGAACCUUGUUCAGAAAUUCCUUGCAGGAGGGAGCAGCCGGCUCGGGGUGUUUCAAGCUUGGUUUCCUUGGCCAGAUUCUCUCCGGCCCCCCUCCUGCCACGGACACGUGGCCGUUCUCUCAUCACUGAGUCUCGUCACCUUCGCAAACAGAUUCUCCUUAUGGUUUGGAGAUUUUUUUAGGAUCCGAUGCUAACACUUGCCUUGAAUAUGAACAGCUCCUAGAUUUAGAAGCAGCCUUUUUCUAGGGCUUCGUGCCCCUAGAAGAGUGUUGUGUGAAGAAGGGAACAGAGCGGCUCUGUUGUUUUAUUCCAAGACAAGGCUACAAAGCUGAAUUGAAGUGGCGAUGUGCCUGUCCGUGGGCCAAGGAAGCAGUCAUGGAGGACUUUAGAGGUAUAGGAUAAAAAACAGGCUUACUGUGUUUUGUGUUAUGGACCUCUCAGAUAUCUGGAGAGACUUAGGGAACCCUGCUCAGAAUCAUGUUUUUACACACUUUAUAUAAAACAAGGGGUUACAAAGAAAACUAGUGACAAAUAGUAAAAAAACAUUCUCACAGAUUCCAGGUGAAACAGGUGUGACGGGAAGGGCGCCUUGAUGGAUGCCCUCAUCCCCAGGGUCCAGGUCAGGGUCAUCCUGCCAUGUUCCCCGCCCGAUUCUUGUCGGUACCUGCCUAAUGGGCCUCCUUCCAGAUCUCUGGCUGUCUCCUGGGUGCUGUCUGUCAGUCAUCCCUCUCUUUUAUUGCAUGACUUCUUUCCAAUCAUGCUUCUGUCUGGCAACACCUUUCCUUAUGAAAGCUCAAACGUGGUUAAACUUUGAAAAAGAAGGUACAACAUACUGUUGUCUCACACACCAGGUACUCGGUGCUCCACCAGAUCCAAUAAAAGAAUUGGACUCAAGACAGAUGACAUUGUGGGCUCAUGGAUGGGCGGAGGAAAAGCACGGUCCCCUGUUCUUGUUUCCCAAGGUAGGGGACACAAAGUUAAGCAUAUCGUUUGUAUCUUAAAGAUCUGGCUAAUCCUUGUCUAACUAACACCAUAUUAUUUGCUUGCAUUAUUACCGAUCUGGAUGACCUCUCGAGCCUCUUUGAGCUGUAAAGAAUCCCAAGAUGCCAUUUUUAGUCUUUCUCGUUUCACUUUGGGCCCCACUCAAUGGCAUAUGUUUAAUACUAAUGAAUGAUUUCUAAUCCAAUUCUUGAGCAUCCAUUAUCCAUUAUCCAUAUCCAUAGCAUACAGAAUGGAUCUAGGUCAUGUGGAAUUGAAGUGGAUUUAAACAGCAGUUCUUGUAAAGAAGUUUUCCCAUGGACUUGACCUCCUGAUGAUUUUGAGGCAAAAGCUGGACUAACAAAGUAUUACUAACAGAAAAGGCAGAAAGGAAAUGUCCUUUUUGGUCCACAUGAAUAUUGUGGAUGUUGUUGCCCUUGGCACAAAAUGGGACAGUCUCUCAGUAUACAUGGAAGCACUCUCAUAAAGGAGCAUCUUGGAGACUAAGCGUCCCUGCCGUGCUCAUGCACAGCCUUAGAAGGAGAUAGGGUGGGUGGGCACAGUGGCAGAGCCUCUUCGGCUCCUCUCUGCCAUGACCCACUCACCUGGCCUCCCUUCCCUCCAGGGGAAAAAUCCCUUGUGGAAAGCCAACGUAGGAUCACAGAUUUAGAGCAGGAAACGGACUGUGGGGCCAGCUGGUCCAACCCCGGAUGUGAAAAAUAGGCUCCGGGAGGUUGUGUUUGAGCCAAGUUCACACAGCCAGGUAGUGACAUAGGAGGGUCCAAGUGUUCCAGAACUGUGGCAUGGUCUACACAAGUACACUGCUUCCCCCGCUAUAAAAAGGAAUAUUUAGGGAGACCCAUCCCCCCUUCUCAGCAGACGUUUUCUAAUGAAAAGAUGGCCAGACGAUGAGGGAUGGAAACAGCUCUGCAGGAUUCAUUUUUCCUUGGUUCCCAGGUGGCUACAAAACAUACAAGUAAGAUGAGGAGCAGAAAUGGUAUUUAUCAUCAUGUGUUUCUGGCUUUUUCAUCGGUCAGUCGUAUACAAACAGUAAGAACACCACUUCUGAUGACCAGCUCCUAAUGAUACCGGAUUUGCCUUGUUAUUCAAGCUGAAAACUUGGCUCGUUGCAGUCUUAGAUAGUAGGGCAUGGUCUAUCCUGACCAAGCACAGGAGCCACCAAUGGUUUUGUUUUCUGUGUCAAAAUAAAACUAAACGUUCCAAACCACCCCCAACCCAUUGCUACAAGGGGUGGGCCCCAGAGAGGAAGGGGCUUUGGGGAAUUGCACAAACUGCUUCACCUAUAGGAAUUAAGAUGGAAGCUUUCCCUUGUUUGGAACAGAUAUACUUACCAGGAGAGGUUUGGAUUUGUUGGUUUUAAGCUGGUCAUAAAGGGAGUCAAAAGAAAUAUCGUCCACUGGCUUUCAAGGAAAAUGUGACGUGUGGUGAGGCACAUUUGCCAAAUUCUCUACUUUAGUUUAUUUGGAUGACGAAUCAUAGGAACAUAGAUUUGAAGGGGAAAUGGGCCAGUCUAGUCAGGGCCAGGAAUCCAGGUUCAUCCCCAAGUCCUUGUAAUCUAAGGCUCUUUCUGCUGUUCUCCAAAGCUUUGCCUUGCUUCCUCUCAUUAUGCUUCAUUCCCAAGACAUAUUUUAAAGACAGAAACAAGGGUUGCCAUUUGUGAGAGACUUCGGUUUUCUUGAUUUUUUAAGAUUGCAAGUGUGGUGUAGUAGGACUGAAUCCAGAAUUCUGGCUUUGCCAUUGGCUGGCUGACCUUCAGUAAGGCACUUCUGGGCCUAGUUUCCUCAUCUGCAAAAUGUCAGGGUUAAAUCAGAUGAUCUUAAAGGUUUACAGCAAGUUUGUGAUUGUGUAUUUUCUGGACUUCCCCAAGUAUCCAUCAUUUUACAACCUGCGAGCGUCAGAGACGGGCUAGUGUCAGGAAGACCUGGGGGAAGCCUUGCUCUGACACGCAUGGUCACACUAUGAGCAAAUCACUCGGCCUCUGAGGGCCCUCCAAGAACUAAGACUAUGAAUGGCAGAGAAUUACGGGUCUGCAUUGGUGGAGGAAAUCUCCUCCCUGGGAAUUCCCUAUACUAUUGAAAUCAUAGGACUGGUCCAAAAGACUAAAAUAAAAUGGCAACAGAAAUGAAUUGGUAGUAAUAGGAAAAUAUGAAAUAUGCCCAGAUGGGCAACCUGCCCUUUGCAUCUUGACAAGGAGACCAUUGCUUUCUUUGACAAGGACAUUUCAGUUUCAAUGUACGAAUGGCUGAGAAAAGAGUUUUAGAAUAGGAUCUGGCAUACCAUUGGCACUUAAUAAAUGCUUUAAUUGAACUGAAUUUUUUCAUCUUUAUGCACCAUGGAUUAGGGCCUGUCAUUAGUCAAGUAUGAAUAUCAUGUGGAAGAAUGCAUCUUCAAGCUGUACAAGGGAUAAUAAAGGAAGAUGAUGACCAUAGAGGGAUUCCCUGCCUUAUGAUUGGUUGGCAUUUAAGUCCAGGAUAAUCCUUUGCUCAUCUCCGAUCUUCCUCUGUAAUCUGUGACCUCUUUCCAGUUUUGCAUCCUAGGAGAACAAUUAAAUAAUACCUGUCUUUCCUUUGGAAACCAUUCAGAUCUUCCUCCCGACCUUCCUGUAUCAGAUCCACAGUCACUGAGCUUCCUUAUCUGCCUCCUAGUAGACUCAUACAUUCACUGGUCUACACAUGGUCACGUGGCCAGUUCACCAACAAGGGUCCCCAAAGCAUUUUCAGGAAAGUAACAGAAAAGCUUUGGAGCUGGAAGUUUGGGGCUUGGAUCCCAGCAGUCACUGAAAUGCUUUUCUUCAUCUGUGAAGUGAACAACUUGACACAGAACUUCCAAGGUCCCUUCUGUUCAGUAGGGUCUUUGAGGGCAGGGACUCUUGCAGGUUCUUUUAUCUCUGUCUCCCCAUGCUAUUACAGGCUGGCACGCAGCCAGCCCUUCAGUGCUUUUUGAAUUACCAGACAUAUAUUACCCAAUCCUUUCCCCAAUCUAUUCAUAGUGCCAACAUCUGGAGUUGAAAAUCAUUUUCAUCAGGCCCAGGAAUUCUUUGUCAUUAUCACUAAAUCAGAGUAAAUUUAAAGAAAAUGAAAAUCUUUUCUGGUUUGAUGGAGCCCAAUUUUAGAAGAAAUUAGAACAGAAAUCAUACAUCCUUAGGCAGUAGAAGCAAUCUCAAAAAGUUCUAAUAUCUUCAAGGGGCCAAUUUUCUAAUACCCAGUAGAUGAAAUUUCAGAAUCAAGAAGGGUCCUUGGCAUUUUCCGUUUAUAAGAAUGAGAAUGGCUUGUUAUUAUUAUUAUUAAUCCUAUUUUGGCCUUUGAACUUUAAACGCUCGACUCUAGACUUUGUCACAAUUCAGCCUUUUCAGAGCCACCAGCCUUUGUUUGGGGUAGAAGUGGCACAAGUCUGGCUGAGACUUUCCCACGAAGGCUCUGGCGUGGUGGACAGUGUGUCGAAAGCCAAGUUGGCCGGGAGAACAACAACAAAACCCUGGGGCAACCCCAUUACUCUUGUUACUUGUCAGAGGAUUUUAUAAUGAUAUUCUACAUUUGUCUCUGAGAGACAAUCCAAAAAAGCAAAACCGCCAUGUCAAUACGCCAUCACGUUCACCGUAGCCCUUUGUAGAGUGGAUGGUGCGCUCGGUCCCACCCCGGUAGGGAGCUCUGGCCCUCUCUUCCCCAUGUGUAUUCCAGUUAGAUGUAGCAGUGUCCCUCCUAAUCCCUGUGUUUGUGCAAUUUCAGAUGCUGUAUUAUUGUAUCCAAAACAAUGGACUACUGAAAUUUCAGCCUCCGUGAUAUGAUUCCAAUGAAAAUAAACCCAUUAAAAUUACCUGACUUUACAUAUGGACUCCCCUGUAUUUGUUGUUGUUGUUAUUGUGGAGAUAAAACUACAGGGUUGUGAGAAUUAUUUGGGAGCAAGAAAAUGCAUUAGAUUUAAGGACAUCCAAAAGACCCUUACAACUUUUUGAUACCUUAAAUAAAAUUGAAUAGGAUGACCAGCAUUUGCUUUAAAAAUCCCUUGUUUUAUACAAUUUGUCAUUGAGUCCACAAGAUUCUGAGACAUGUUCUUUAAUUAUCUACAUAAAACUGUACAAUCCAGAUGUUAAAUAUAUUUUUGAGAAAGUCCAUUUUUCCAACUCUAGAAUUGGUUAUAGUACACAUACAUAUAGCCUUCAGUGAAAUUCAAAUCAGGUAAGUUCUUGGGCCUUGCAAUCUGUUUAUUUCUAUCACUUAAAAAGCUUAACUUCUCAUGACAUGUGGUAUUGCAUAAUCACUGUAAUAGUCCAUCUCCAUUUGGGAAUUUCCUACAGUUUUAGGACAAUCUAGCAGAAUUUAAAUUUACUCAACAAAGAAGUCUUCCAAGAUCAGUGGAAGUUAAAAUGAUUUUUUUUUUGGGUGGGAGAUACAUGUUUUACCGUAUGAUACAAAAAACGAAUCUUAUAGACUUCUUCUGACAAGAUUUUGAGUAUAUUUUUGAAUUUUAAAAUGAUCUUUAUCAGUACAAUUACUUAAAAAAAUUUUUUUAGUACUCCAGUCUUUCACUUGUCUUGCCCUUUUUUUCCUAUUCUAUGCUUCAGGGAAAUCAUUAGCAACCCCUCUAGCUGGCCCCUCCUUCUGAAGGUCUCUGCUUGUUUUUUGAGGAUUAAUUAGGCUGUUCUAAAGCACUAUUUGAUGGUUCUUGGUAUUGAUUUUUUUUUUAAUUGCACUUACCUUUGCUUUUCAGAAUGAUUGAUUUUGUUUCAUUGUGGCUUGAAUAACGCUUGAGACUAUUGAGUGUAGCACGCCAACAGCCCCUGCAAUAUCUCUCCUGGUCGCUGGAGUGUGCUUUUUAAGAUCUACAGCUUUUGUACAUUGUCUAGGAAUAAGAGCCAUUCUUAAAAACCAUAUAAUUAAAAACGCAAUAAAAGACAGCAAUGGAAUAUCUACAGCCUAAAAUCCUGCACUCAGCUGACAAAAAACUAAUUUACAGUGGCAAAGGUAAAUGACUCCACUUUCCUCAGAUCAUGUUUUGGCGUCAUCUAUCUGGGUAGAUAAUAUUCAGUCAAUCAAAGACUUCCAGAGCAUCCACUAGGCAUUUGAGAGAGAGAAAGAGAGAGAGAGAGAGAGAGAGA